GGUUAUUUCAGAGCCCAGAUUUAGAAAAUCAUUGGAGAUCUUUUGGUUGGCCUGGCUAGUGGAUUUCUUUUUUUUUUGGUGGGUCUUUGCUUUGUUUCCAUACGAAUUAAAGAUCCCCACUUUAAUUUUCUUGAUCCAUAAAUUCUCUCUGAGAUCGAGCGAGGAAUUGAAGAGGAGGAAUUGGAGAAGCAAUAAUAAUGGGUAUGGCUGCAGCGGAUCCACAGUUCCAUGUUCUUGCUGUUGAUGAUAGCGUCAUAGACAGAAAGCUCAUCGAGAGGCUCUUCAAGACCUCUUCUUGUCAAGUUACUGCUGUGGAUUCUGGCAGCAAGGCCUUGGAAUUUCUGGGUUUACAUGAACGUGAUGAUGAUGAUGAUGAUGUUCCCCAGGAAAUUGAAGUGGACCUUAUAAUUACUGACUACUGCAUGCCUGGGAUGACAGGCUAUGAUCUACUCAAGAAAAUAAAGGAAUCAGCAUCUCUGAGAAACAUACCUGUGGUCAUCAUGUCAUCUGAGAAUGUUCCUUCAAGAAUCAGCAGAUGUAUGGAAGAAGGGGCAGAAGAGUUUUUUCUAAAGCCAGUGAGGUUAUCAGAUGUGAACAAGCUUAAGCCUCAUAUGAUGAAAACCAAAUAUAAAGAUCCAGUGAAAGAGCCAUUGUCAUCAACACAAGUCACAGAACAGCCUCUUCUUCUGCAACAAGAGAAGGAUGCCCCGCCACAAUGCGCGACGACGGUAGAGGUGGAAAUGCGGACCCCACCACCUCCGCCCCAAGAAGAGGAACUGCCGGUGGCGGUGGUGGUGGAGGAUAAUAAUAAGAGGAAGGCUGGGGAAGAGAACCUCUCGCCGGAAAGAGCAAAGCCAAGAUACAAUAAUGGUCUGGCUGCCGCUGCCGCUGCGGCGGUUUCUAACCUGUGAUGAUCAUCGAUCACUUGCAAAUUUGAAUUGGAAAACUUUUCCAAGUUUUUUUUCUCUCUCCCAUUGUUUUAGUUCAUUAGCCAAAUGGAAAACAUGUCAUUUGCAGAGGGCUCUGCACCAGACAUUUCAUUGUAAUUGGAAGACAUUUCACCCCAAUUUUGUUUCAUGAUAUUAUUAUAUAGCAAAGAUGGGAGGAAAGUUGUCACUUUGUAGAUAUAUGGUUGUCCUAUUAAGAAAAUGAUGAGCUUAAC